AUGUAUACCGAAAACAACUCCCAAACUUACUCCCAACUCCCCCCAUCCUACCCCCGCUCCUUCCUCUCAGAAGCCCUAACAACUUACCUCCUCAUCGAGAAAGACCAAAAAAUCCACACCUCCUUAACCACCAAUCCCCCAACCGACAACCUGGACAAGGAAAUCCUCACCCACCGCAUGUCAAGCCUAGCCCUCUUCUGCCUCCUCUAUCCCUACGAACGAUACCUCUCUUUCCUCCGGGGCUGGCACUAUGGUUUCGAGACUCUGGACUUGGAUUUGAGGGGGUUGUUCGGCUGGUCGAGGUAUGGGGAUGCGGGUGGCGAGGCGUUGAUGGGGUUCUAUCCUCGUUGUCGGGUUCGGGGGUGGAGGAAUGAGGACCUUGAUGAGGGGUUUUUGGUAGAUGUUUUGUUGGGGGCGGCAAGGUUUGGGAGGUUUAAGGUUUUUGAAGAUUUGGGGUGGAGGGUGCUUGCUUCUUGCCCGGUUGUUGAUGUAGUGGAUAUUGUGAGGGAGGUUGUGGAGGGGUGUGGUUGUGGGAAUUAUACGAAGAAGGAUGACAUGAAGAAAAAUGAGAUGGAAAAGGAGGUAAGAGGUGAGAGUCAGGAGAAGGGUGAGGAUGAGAGUGAUGGUGAGGAGAAAAAAGAGGCUGAGAAAGGAAAGGAGGAGGAGAAAGAGAAGGGGAAGAAGAAGGUGGAAUAUGUGCAGAUCGAGAUGAAUGUUCAUGACUUUGAACACUUGGUGUCGGAGGGUUUGUUGAAUUAUAUGAAUACUGUUGGUAUGAGUGCUACGGGCACAGCCAUGGAUCGGGAUCUUCGUCGGUGUAUCAAGAAGGCUAUGGAGUGGUUUGCGUAA